AAUUAGUACUCAGUCGAUAAGAAACUGAGUGAAAAUUGUCGUUUUUAUCUCCAUAGUAUUAAUUUUGUACACACACGCGUUAUUCAAGUAAUAAUUAUUUACUUAAUAUUAUUACUGUAAGUGUUUAUCGUUACGUCGUCGUGACCUAGAACGCAAUAAUGGUCGCGAGUAGUAUUAAAGUUAGUUUAUUUAUUAUUAUUUUGUCUACUGUUGUGUUCUUCGUCCAUCGGUUUUUGUACACUGUGCCGCCUAUUCCUGAAUAUGAAGAAAAGUGGUGGGGAUCGGGAGAACCGAAGAAGGUGGAUGAUAGUAUUAGACAGUUUAAAGUAAAUAUGUCACAAGAGGAUCUGCAAGAUUUGAAUUAUCGACUAAAACACACUCUACCAUUUCAAAGACCCUUGGAGGGAGUCAAACAACACUAUGGCAUGAAUACCAACCUCCUUCAAAAAGUUACCGAAUUUUGGAGAACAAAAUAUAACUGGAAAGAACGAGAAACGUUUUUUAACCAGUAUCCUCACUACCUUGUCAAUAUUCAAGGCCUCGACAUUCAUUUCGUUCACAUUAAACCAAAGGUACCGAAAAGUAUUGAAGUUUUACCGAUGAUAAUGCUGCAUGGAUGGGCUGGAUCAAUACGGGAGUUUUACGAUAUUGUUCCUCUGUUAACCACACCGCAAGAAGGAAGAGAUUUUGUUUUUGAAUUAAUUAUACCUUCUUUACCAGGAUUUGGCUUUUCAGAAGCAACGAACAAGCCUGGAUUGGGAGCAUUCCAUAUGUCCGUUAUUUUGAAAAACCUUAUGCUGAAGAUCGGUCACCAAAGAUUUUACCUCCAUGGUACUGAUUGGGGUAGUGUCAUCGCUCAACAUAUGUCAGUAUUAUUUCCUGAGCAUAUCAUCGCAUUCCACUCAAAUUUUUGCGUCAUCGACACCGCACUAUCAAAUUUAAAACUGCUGAUUUACAGUUUGUAUCCAUCGCUAUUUGUGGAUAAAGUGGAAGAAGAAAUUAUGUUUCCAUUAUCAAAAAGAUAUAAUUAUUUUCUUGUGGAAAGCGGAUAUUUUCAUAUUCAGGCAACCAAGCCUGAUACGAUAGGUGUUGCCUUGCGCGAAAGUCCAACAGGGUUAGCUGCCUACCUCCUGGAAAAAUUUGUAACGUUAACAAAUACGACGUACAAAGACCUCGAAGACGGUGGACUUACGGAAAAAUUUACAUAUACUCAACUUCUUGAUAAUAUAAUGGUAUACUGGAUGUCAAGAUCAAUUACUACUUCUAUGAGAAUUUAUGCUGAACUGUUUCAUGAGGACAAUCGUGCUAAACUAAGAAUAGAAAGCAUACCAAUUAAAGUGCCCACUGGCUGUGCAAGAUUUCGAUACGAAGUAAUGUUCUUCUGCGAAGACAUCUUGAGGGAGAAAUAUCCUAAUUUGAUUCACCUGACUUAUUAUGAUGGUGGACAUUUUCCAGCUCUAGAACAGCCAUCAGUUUUGGCUAAAGAUAUUUAUACGUUUAUCGAGAAAACCUUUAGUAAUUAAGAAAACAAUCUGUGAUAAAACGCAAAGUCAUGUAAUAUUAGAUUUUUAAUAAAAAAUAUUAUUUUUUAUAAA